AUGUCUUUGGUCAUCCCUGAGAAGUUCCAGCACAUUCUUCGUGUCUUGAAUACGAAUAUCGAUGGACGGAGGAAGAUCGCCUUCGCCAUCACUGCCAUUAAGGGAGUUGGCAGACGUUAUGCUCAUGUGGUCUUGAGGAAAGCAGACAUCGACCUGAGCAAGAGGGCUGGCGAGCUCACAGACGACGAGGUGGAGCGUGUGGUGACCAUCAUGCAGAACCCACGGCAGUACAAGAUCCCAGACUGGUUCCUGAACAGGCAGAAGGACGUGAAGGACGGCAAAUACAGCCAGGUUCUGGCUAACGGUCUGGACAACAAACUGAGAGAGGAUCUGGAGCGUCUGAAGAAGAUCCGAGCUCACCGUGGUCUUCGUCACUUCUGGGGCCUGCGUGUGCGUGGUCAGCACACUAAGACCACCGGCCGCCGCGGUCGCACUGUGGGAGUCUCCAAGAAGAAGUAA